UCUUUUGUAUCCUUUGUUUCUUUGUGGAUCUGACCGAUCUGUCCUUGCUUUUCUUUCACAAUUUUAUUUUCAAAAUCGUGAAUUUUUCAUAUUUUGUUGUUGCCAUCUCGAAAGGCCCCGAGAAGCUAUAAUUCGCUCCCUGCAUUUUCGUCUGCUGAGAUCAAAUUUCUGUCCUUUGUGAGCUCAAAUGCCUCCUUCAUACUUCCCUCUGAGGUGGGAGAGCACGGGAGAUCAGUGGUGGUACGCUUGCCCAAUUGACUGGGCUGCUGCCAACGGCCACUAUGACGUAGUCCGGGAGCUCCUCCACCUCGACACCAACCAACUCAUCAAGCUCACCUCCCUGAGGCGAAUUCGCCGUCUUGAGACUGUCUGGGACGACGAAGCUCAGUUCAAGGACGUCGCCAAGUGUCGUUCCCAGGUUGCUCGGAAGCUGUUCGUUGAAUGUCAGAGUAAGAGGGGAAGCAACUCCCUCAUACGUGCCGGCUACGGUGGAUGGCUUCUAUACACUGCUGCCUCCGCUGGGGACUUGGGUUUUGUGAAGGAACUGCUUGACAGAGACCCUCUCUUAGUCUUUGGGGAAGGAGAGUUCGGUGUCACUGAUAUAUUAUAUGCUGCUGCAAGGAGCAGGAAUUCCGGGGUGUUCAGGCUCCUCUUUGAUUUCGCAGUGUCACCAAGGUGUUUGAUGAACAGUGGCGGAGAAAUGGAGGAACAGCCAAAUGAGGUUCCUUCGGUUUUUAGGUGGGAGAUGGUGAACAGGGCUGUUCAUGCUGCAGCUAGAGGAGGUAACUUGGAGAUCCUCAGGGAGCUUCUUGCAGAUUGCACUGAUGGCUUGGCUUAUAGGGAUAUUCAGGGUUCUACUAUCCUGCAUGCGGCCUCUGGCAGGGGACAAGUUGAGGUAGUCAAGUAUCUAGUGGCAUCCUUUGAUAACAUCACUUCAACUGACAAUCAAGGAAACACAGCAUUGCAUAUGGCUGCUUACAGGGGUCACUUAGAUGUGUUAGACACUCUAAUUCUUGCAUCUCCUUCAUCCGUCUCUUUGAAAAACAACGGGGGAGAUACCUUCCUACAUAUGGCUGUGGCUGGUUUCCGAACUCCAGGUUUCCGAAGGUUGGACCGACAGAUUGAGCUCAUGAAGCAGUUGGUCUGUGGAAAGAUCAUGAAUAUGCAAGAUGUCAUUAAUAUCAGAAACCAUGAAGGAAGAACUGCUCUUCAUAUGGCUGUUCUCGAGAAUAUUCACUCUAAUCUGGUGGAACUCCUAAUGAGGAUACCUUCAAUUGAUCUAAAUAUUCGUGAUGUAUAUAGUAUGACACCGUUAGAUCUUCUCAGACAACGGCCAAAAUCUGCAUUGUCUGAAUUACUCAUCAAACAGUUGAUCUCAGCUGGUGGAAUCUCCAAUUGUCAGGACUAUAUGGCUAGAAGUGCCAUUGUUUCUCACCUAAAGAUGCAAGGUAUUGGAAGCAGUCCUGGAACUUCCUUUAAAAUCUCUGAUGCGGAGAUAUUCUUGCACACGGGCAUUGGUAAUAUGCUGGAAGCUGGUGGUGAUCUGGGAAGUGCAACAUGCUCUAGUGAACAGAGUAACUUUGACUCUGUUGAUGGGAGCCACAGCUCUUUUGAUAAUAAAAGGCCUCAUUCUGUAAACUAUGCAGCAAGGCGUCUAAAGAUUCUCCUUCGCUGGCCAAGGCGAAAAGAAAAGAAACCUGAAGCUUUGAAGAAGUUGGGAGAUGAUAAUUCAGUUGGAUCAUGUAAGAAAUGGAGUGAUAUGGAGGAGACUCCAACUCCACUCAGACAGAGAUUCUCAAAGCCCUCAUCGCUUCCCAACAACAAAAGGGCUCUUUCUGUCAGGAGUAGUCUUCCAAGUCCAUCAAGCAAGAAGAAGUUUGCUGCAGGACUAAUGCAAGGUGUUAUUCAGGCCAUGCCGCAUCUAGUUGUUCCCGCCCGAUCACCUACCAGUUCUUUCUCAGUAUCACCAAUUCCGUCACCUACCUCCUCAGAUAAACAAAAGGGCAUGCAUACUGGAAAUGAAAUUGUAGAUCCCUCCUGCUCUAAUCAAUCUCUAAUUGAUGGAGCAGCGGACAUGAACCAAAAACAAACCUCAAUUAACCGGAGGUUGAUGAACCAGUAUUUUUGUUUUGGUACACAGAGCUUGGGUGUAGAAGAUCCUAUCAGGGGGGCACCGUCAAACCAGGGAUACUAGCGUUCACUUCUAUCAGUGGCUUGAUUGAGUUGAUCUGAACAGAUGGUGCACUGAUACAGAGCAUCUAAUCAGGUUUACUUCAUUGUGAACCUUCUUUUGUUAUUUUCUAGUCUGAAGUUUGGAAUCUGAAAAUGUUUAUACUGUAGUAUUAGACGGCGAGAAGUUGAGUUAAUCACAAGUAAGAAUGAUGUGAUUUUUAAUUCUACCACAAUAUAUUCUGGCUCAGUUUUGUGAUUCCUCUGGAUGGCCCAUGCAGUGAACUGGACUGGGCUCCUUC